AUGGCGACCACCCAUAAGCCGCGCGUGCUGUCCAUCUCCUACCCCGAAUGGGCUGGUGAGGACUACAUGAAAGACUUCGAGUCGCAAUUUGAGCUUCAUGUGGUUACGCCAGGCGACCGCCCAACAACCAUUGCGCGGGUGGCGGAAAAGGUCAAGCAAGAAGGGCCGUUCGAUGCUAUCACCAUCCUGAUGGGCAUCUUGCCGUACGAGCCUUUCGAUGCAGAGCUGCUGUGGCCGCUGGUACCACAGUGCAAGAUCCUGGCGUCGGCGAGUGCCGGGUACAACGAGUUCGACGUCGACUGGAUGACUAGCCAGGGCAUCACCUUCUGCAACAGCCGCAAUGCCGUCAAUGAAGCCACAGCUGACUUGGCCAUCUGCAUGAUAUUGAGCAUCUUGCGGGACGUGCAGAGUCUGCGGUCCAGCAUCGCCGCCGGCACUUGGAGAGGGGGCAUGGCGCUCACCAAGGGACAGACCGGGCUGGCGCCCACAAGGGACCCCAGUGGGCUCAAGCUCGCCAUCAUUGGUAUGGGAGCCAUUGGCAAGCACACUGCUCGCAAGGCUAGGGCCUUUAACAUGAAGAUCCUGUACCACCAGCGAACACGUAUGAGUGCCGAAGAUGAAGCUGCGUUGGACGCCACUUUCUACGCCUCGCUGGACGACAUGCUGGCUGAGGCUGAUGUCAUCUCUGUGCAUUGUCCUCUCAGCGACUCCACGCGAGGCCUGCUGUCCCACGCACAGUUCGCCAGAAUGAAGGACGGCGUUUUCAUCGUCAACACCUGCCGGGGCCCCGUCAUCGACGAGGACGCUUUGAUCGCUGCGAUGAAGAGCGACAAGGUCGCUCGGGCAGGUUUGGAUGUUUUUCACAACGAGCCCAACAUCAAUCCGUACUUUAUCGCGAACGACAGAGUCAUGAUUCAACCACACAUGGGUGGCUUGACGGAUGUGGCAUGGAGGCGAGCCUAUACCGAAGCGCUGGAGAAUGUGAAGGCUUUCUUCACGACAGGCAAAGCCCAUACACCAGUCAAUGCCCACUUGAUUCAUGGCAAAUCGUCUAAGUAAGAACAGAUAGAUUUAGCCUAAGGGUUUCUGCGACUUGUGUCUAAAGGAAUUCAA